UCUAGUAGAGAUAAGGUUAAGGACAACGCCGUCGUACGUCGGCUGCAAAAGUCAAAACAACCAAGGGCGACUCUGGGGUAACUGUACUCAGGUUAACUUCUCCAGGUAGUCCCAGCUUCACCAGCACUGCUCUGGUACUACGCUAGAGAGAGUGGAGCAAAGAAGCACCGUUGAUCCCAGCGAAUUCCGGCCCGAAUCCACUAUAAAUACACGUCAAACUGAUCACCCGAUCCCUUCACAGCCAACAUGUACUCCUCCUGCGUCCGAGAGUCCCACACGGCAGGCGCCGCAGCUGCAGCACGCGGCAAGCAGUACUACGAGCCAUGCAACAGGGAGACUGCUAGCGGCGGCGGCCAGGGGAUCGUCUUCUCCGCGGCCGACGCGCCGCCUCGGCCGGGGCGGCGGCCCAGGAGGCGGCACUCGGCUUCGUCUUCGGCUUCGGCGCGGCGGUCGUCGACGACGGUGGUGGCGACGGACGUGGGCAACUUCCGCGCCAUGGUGCAGGAGCUCACGGGCUUCCCGCCGGCAGCCAUCUUCCGCCCGCUGCCGCGCCGGGCCCACGCCGCCGGCCAGUUCCUGCAGGCCGCCGUGCUGCAGCAGGGGCAGUAUAAUAGCUCGGACGCUGCCGGCGGCGGCAGCGGCAGUAGUACUACUACUAGCCCAGACGUCCAGGGAGCGGCAGUAGCGCAGCCGUCGCAGUACUACUGCGCGACGCCGGGCGUGUUCGACGGGCUGGCGGACAUCGGGUCGCCGGGAUUCGACGCCUGGCCCGAAUUGUCUUUCGAAUAAAUGAAUGAAUAAAAUGAAUUAAGCAAGCUCAGUUUCUUGGCUGGCUAGAUUAA